AUGCCUCCAUUAGUUAGGUCAAAUUCAUGCGUUGAUAUCGACUUUACCCUCCGACGAAGGUUCAAGAGGUCAACGUUUAGGCCACUCCAGCGGGAGGUAAUCGAAUGUGCUCUAGCUGGUAACGACGUGUUUCUGCAAGCAGCUACUGGUUUUGGCAAGAGUUUAUGCUUUCAGCUCCCCGCUGUUAUAGACCACGGCAUAACUGUUGUUAUAUCACCAUUGCUUUCGUUAAUGACUGAUCAAGUCACUGCGCUACGUUCCCGAAAUAUAGAAGCCGGCACCAUUAAUGGAACAACUAGUUACGAUGAGAGGCAGCGUUUACUGCGUGAUCUAGAGACUGGACAUCCCCAUACUCGUCUCCUUUAUGUAACUCCGGAGCAGUGUAUGACAGAGACUUUCCGAAAACACCUUCAAAUAGUGUAUGAACAUCGAGAGCUGGCAAGAAUAGCUGUUGAUGAAGCCCAUUGCAUAUCAGAAUGGGGACACGACUUUCGGCCCUCCUUCAAAGAGUUGAAAUGGCUACGUACCAAAUUUCCCGACGUACCGAUUAUGUGCCUGACAGCAACUGCUGUUGAGCAAGUCAGGUCCGAUGUCAUAAGUACCCUCGGAUUGCGUCCUCCUAACUUGAAGAUUUUUACCAUGACUACCUCCCGAAAAAAUCUUCACUACGAGCUAAGAUUUACGAACGACGAAAAAGAUCACUUUCACGAUCUUAUCGGAUGGCUCCAGUCGGUUCAUCGGCGCCGAGCAGAAAAUCCCGAGCGUCGUGCCGAGCUGGAAGCACGCGGCGAACGUCUGGAUAACGUAUCAGGUAUCAUCUACACUAUAUUUCGGCAAGAUUGUGAAAGCUUGUCCUCGCGUCUACGCGCAAGUGGCAUUGGAGCGAGGCCGUACCAUGCAGGUCUUCGUAAUGAUGAAAAGAAUGAGACAUUACGACGCUGGGUAAAUAAUACUAUAGGCUAUGACGUGAUUGUUGCCACUACAGCUUUUGGGAUGGGAAUAGACAAGGAAGACGUAAGAUUUGUUGUUCACUGGCAGAUCCCGAAAUCUUUUGAAGGAUACUAUCAGGAGGCAGGUCGUGCGGGCAGGGAUGGCAAAGCCAGUGUAUGUAUAAUGUACUACAGUCGCGAGGACCGGGAUCGAGCCUACAAUCGUAUGAGUAGAGAUGCUAAAGACCAAUCUCAAAUGGUGGCAAGAUACAAAAGCUUUCAGGCUCUCGUUGACUAUUGCGAGGAUACAGAUACUUGUAGACAUUUGUUGAUCACAAGGUAUUUUGGAGAAUUGGAGGUACCCGAAUGUGAUUAUGCAUGCGACUGGCACAAAAACGCUGUAGCUUUAAAGAAAGCAAAAAAUAGGGGUUUGCAGAGUGAAGCCUGGAUGAGUACUCAAAAUGGUAUGGGAAGGUACAGGGAGGAUUCUUUAUGA